GCGCGACAAUCGGUAGACUUCGUUUCACUUAGACCACAUAGGAUAUCCUAUACGACCGUUGGAUCCCAUGAUUUACUCUUGAGCUUAAUUGUCUCAUUGUGCGCCGUGGAAUGAGAUUCGUCCCCUUGAAUGCCUGGCAUCGGAAAUACAUGAUACCGCAGCACUCGACCCAUCCUCUCCUCCCCGGAUCGCAUUCCACUCAACACUAAUCGAUUAUCCCCUGCCCAUUCUUGCCUUGUUCUUUACACUUCCAAGACCCACCCUGUCCUCGGUCGUAUCCUCCCCUGGACGACCAUGCCAGACUCCGGACCCGAUGGCCAAGAUCCCAGGCAGUCGGGGUCGACUCCCCUGCGCCGGGAGCGGGCCCCGACAAUCACCAUUGACACAUCGGCCGUGACCUCCCCCUCAAACGAACAGAUUCGGCCGCCGGUGCAAAUCUUGCCCAUCCCGCCGCAACCUUCGCUCCAGAUCUCAACCGACAAUGUCGAUGCGCAUGACACCAGUGCUCUCCUGAAUAACGGCGGAGUCUCGCCUACCUCCCUUCGCUCGGCUGCCUCCUCCGAAGCCAGAGACUACGAAAGUCGGCCGACGUCGCCGCAUAACUUCUCCUCUCCCGCGUCCAAGAUGGCUGAUUCCAUGUCCAAUUCGAAUUACCUGGCUGUACCGGGAACAAGAUCUCGUGGAAAUUCGUUGGAGUCGCAGGACUCGAAUCAAUCGUCCAGCUCGUACGGAGGAGAUACCUACGCACCGACUGCAUCGCAUGGAUCCAACACAGACUUGACGCAGAACACGAUUGUGAACGAUGAGGAUGCCCUGAAGCCCGACCCAGGCCGGGAAGCUGAGUUCGAAGUGGAAGACAACAAAUUCGCCUUCUCGCCUGGCCAGUUGAACAAGCUUCUAAAUCCAAAGAGCCUUGGAGCCUUGCAUGCUCUCGGCGGGCUUCGUGGAAUUGAGAAAGGACUGCGCACCGACACUCGCAGUGGCUUAAGCUUAGACGAGAACGAACUGGACGGUGUUGUGAGCUUUGAAGAUGCCACGGCCUCACAGACGACCCAGGCCACGCCCAAGUCCUCUUCUCCCCCGCCUCAGCAUCACACAUCAGAGGGAUCGAACGCCGCGAAACCUUCCGACGGAUCGUUUACGGAUCGGAUCCGCGUCUAUGGGACGAAUAAACUCCCGGAAAGGAAGGCCAAAAGUUUCUUGGAGUUGGCCUGGAUCGCAUAUAAUGACAAGGUGCUGAUCUUGCUGACGAUAGCUGCCAUCAUAUCCCUUGCUUUGGGCAUCUACCAAUCUGUGACAGCCACCGGCAAAGAGGCCCGAGUGCAAUGGGUUGAAGGCGUUGCAAUCAUUGUGGCUAUUCUGAUUGUCGUUAUUGUAGGAGCUGCGAAUGACUGGCAGAAAGAACGUCAGUUCGUCAAGUUGAAUAAGAAGAAGGAUGACCGCCUAGUCAAGGUGAUCCGCUCCGGAAAGACCUCAGAGAUCUCGGUGCAUGAUGUCCUUGUGGGCGAUGUCAUGCAUCUAGAACCCGGUGACAUGAUUCCGGUAGACGGGAUCUUCAUCGAUGGCCACAAUGUCAAAUGCGACGAGUCCUCCGCUACUGGCGAGUCGGAUGUUCUUCGGAAAAUGUCUGCCGAUGAUGUAUACCGCGCCAUCGAGCAACACGACAACGUCUCAAAGCAUGAUCCGUUCAUCGUUUCUGGUGCAAAGGUUUCCGAAGGUGUGGGAACAUUCCUGGUUACAGCGGUUGGUGUCAAUUCGACGUACGGAAAGACAAUGAUGUCGCUUCAAGACGAGGGCCAAACGACGCCACUGCAGUCGAAGUUGAAUGUACUCGCCGAGUACAUUGCGAAGCUUGGUCUCGCCUCUGGAUUGCUCCUAUUCGUUGUUCUUUUCAUCAAGUUCCUCGCACAGUUGAAAGACAUGGGAGGUGCCUCCGAAAAGGGUCAGGCUUUCCUACAGAUCUUCAUUGUUGCUGUGACUGUAAUUGUUGUUGCUGUUCCGGAAGGUUUGCCGCUCGCGGUCACUCUUGCGCUUGCCUUCGCUACUACUCGAAUGCUCAAGGAUAACAACCUUGUACGAUUGCUGAGAGCAUGUGAAACCAUGGGCAACGCAACCACUAUCUGCUCCGAUAAGACCGGUACCUUGACAGAAAACAAGAUGACUGCUGUCGCUGCCACUCUGGGUAAGAACCUCCGCUUUGGCGAUAAAUCAUCAGGGCCAGCCCUCCGUGCGGACGAUGACCGAGGCCGGGACCCGGUGACCACCGUCUCUCCCUCGGAAUUCUCUUCCAGCCUUUCUGGCCCAGCCAAGGACUUGUUGAUCAAAUCGAUUGCAAUCAACUCAACGGCAUUCGAAGGAGAGCAGGAUGGUACCGCAACCUUUGUCGGCUCUAAGACCGAGACGGCACUCUUGGGAUUCGCUCGGACGUACCUAGGAAUGGGCUCAGUUAGUGAAGCACGGGACAACGCGACUAUUGUGCAGAUGGUGCCUUUCGAUUCCGGACGUAAGUGCAUGGCCGUGGUCAUCAAGAUGGAGAACGGAAAGUAUCGGAUGUUGGUCAAGGGCGCAUCAGAAAUUCUGGUGGCCCGUGCGACCAGAAUUGUUAGUGAUGCGAGGAAAGACCUUACCGAAGUGUCCAUGUCUGAUGAGGACCGGUCUGUUAUGGACAAACUCAUUGAUCACUAUGCUUCUCAAUCGUUGCGGACUAUUGGUUUGGUUUAUCGUGAUUUUGACCAGUGGCCUCCGCGGGGUGCAGCCACCCAGGAAGAAGAUCGCUCACUCGUUGCCUUUGAUUCAGUCUUCAAGGAUAUGGUCAUACUAGGCGUUUUCGGUAUCCAGGACCCGUUGCGCCCAGGCGUAACAGAAUCGGUGCAUCAAUGUCAACGUGCGGGCGUUUUCGUGCGGAUGGUGACUGGUGACAACAUUACGACUGCAAAGGCUAUCGCUCAAGAGUGCGGGAUCUUCACGCCAGGAGGAAUCGCCAUUGAGGGGCCUAAAUUUCGUCAAUUGAGCAGUCGACAGAUGACCCAGAUCAUUCCUCGAUUGCAAGUACUAGCUCGAUCGAGUCCCGAUGACAAGAAGAUCUUGGUGACUCAGCUUAAGAAGCUUGGUGAAACUGUCGCAGUGACUGGUGAUGGUACCAAUGAUGCACAGGCUCUCAAGACCGCUGAUGUUGGUUUCUCCAUGGGUAUUUCCGGUACUGAGGUUGCGAAGGAAGCUUCCGACAUCAUUCUGAUGGACGACAACUUCACCUCCAUCAUCAAGGCUAUGGCUUGGGGCAGGACUGUCAACGACGCUGUCAAAAAGUUCUUGCAGUUCCAACUCACUGUUAACGUGACAGCGGUCCUCCUUACAUUUAUCUCUGCUGUCGCAAGCGGUGAUGAAGAGUCGGUCUUGACCGCGGUGCAGCUUCUCUGGGUCAACCUCAUUAUGGACACUUUCGCUGCUCUCGCUCUGGCGACGGAUCCGCCUUCUCCUCAUGUUCUCGACCGCAGGCCCGAGCCAAAGUCCGCGCCUCUCAUCACUCCAACCAUGUGGAAGAUGAUCAUCGGACAGAGUAUCUAUCAGUUGGUCGUCACCCUUGUCUUGAACUUUGCUGGAAAUUCGAUCUUCCAUUACCACACAGAGAAGGACACUUCGCACAUGCAAACGGUCGUGUUCAACACGUUCGUCUGGAUGCAGAUCUUCAACCAGUGGAACUCUCGCCGUCUCGAUAACAAUCUUAAUAUUUUCGAAGGAAUGUUAAAGAACGCAUGGUUUAUUGGAAUUCAGUUGAUCAUCAUUGGAGGACAGAUUCUCAUUAUCUUCGUUGGUGGUCAAGCAUUCUCGGUUGUGCGGCUCAAUGGGCCUCAAUGGGGCGUGUCUCUGGUCUUGGGAGUCAUCUCCCUUCCAGUAGGUGUGAUCAUUCGCUUGAUACCAGAUGCUCUCAUUGCCAGGCUUAUCCCCACCUUCUGGCACCGCAAGAAGGGUCCUGAGCUUUGGGUCUCUGACGAGGAUCGCCGCUUCGAGUGGAAUCCUGCUCUAGAGGAGAUCCGGGACCAGUUGAAGUUCCUUAAGACUGUUCGCGGAGGCCGUCUCCGGCACUUGAAGCACAAGCUACAACACCCCGAAGAACUUCUUCCCAGAUCGCGAAGCGGAUCACGGUCCUCCAGAUCUCGAGAGAAUUCGAUCCCUGGAACACCUGUGGAGAACAAUAGUGACAGCACUCCGCCCAUGCCAGCGACUCCGGAAUCACGAUCCAGACGACGCACACGGUCUCGCUCCAAUUCAGCAUUCGGGCCAGCGGCUGCCAUGGCCGGUGUUGUGGCGGGUAGUAUUGCAGGCUGGUCCCCAAUCGAACGAACGCAGGGAGAUGGCGAGCCUUUCAGGAUUCAGGCCGACAGCCCCCACGGCGGCCUAGACAAGCAACAAGGCAUCGAGAUUCAUCCGGACACCGCUGCGGAUGACCAAAUCGUGGGCAACUUCAAGGGCCCCUCGAAGACACCUCCGAGCCAGAACCCUGAUCUUUUACCCCAUUUUGAUCACGUCCCGCCUGAGCGUGCGCCAUCCAGCCGCAGCCGACGGUCUACGUCACGUCAGUCUCAAUCCAGUCAAAGCCAUGUCUGAGCGUCCCGCGCUAUAUUGCCUGUGCAAUACUAGAUUCUGUUGUCCUACUUCACUUCAAAUGAUUCCACGCUCGGUUCAUUCUCGCCUGUGUAUACUUAUUUCCUCUUCCUCAUACCCUGUUGUCAUUCGAGAUUCGUUGUCUUGCCCACGCCGAACUUUGCUGUUUUGCCCGUCUUGAACUUAAUUUGCGUACUUUCUGCAGAGGUCCCUCUAGCCUUGCUUUACCUGUUUGUGUCAUAGCAUCGUUGUC